AAUUACCAAAAACAAAACCCUAAAACCAUUUAUCAUCAAUCUCAAUCACUUCUAAACAGAGUCAACAAAAACGAACUCUCUCUCUUCUAAUCUUCUUAUCUCUCAUGGUGAGUCUGUAACUGAUAAAAACUUGAAAUCAUGGCGGCCGAAGCUUCGAAGGCGACUUCAUCCGCCGAUUCUUACAUCGGCAGUUUGAUUAGUUUGACAUCUAAGAGUGAGAUCAGAUACGAAGGCAUUCUCUACAGCAUUAACACUGAAGAAUCCAGUAUUGGUCUUCGAAACGUCAGAUCAUUUGGAACAGAAGGACGGAAGAAAGAUGGUCCACAAGUAUCCCCAAGUGAUAAAGUUUAUGAAUAUAUACUCUUCCGCGGCACUGACAUUAAGGAUUUGCAGGUGAAUUCAUCUCCUCCUGUUCAGCCAGUUGCAUCAACAUCUUCAAUUGACAGCGAUCCUGCUAUCAUUCAGUCUCAUUAUCCUCGUCCGACUGUAACACCAGCGAAUGUGCCACCAGCUGCCAGUGCACCAUUAGCUGAUGCUAUUUCUCAUGGACUACAGCUUGGACACCCUGGCUCGAGUUUUCCAAGUGCUAUGCCUUUGUACCAACCAGGUGGAAAUUUAGGGUCAUGGGCGCCUUCACCUCCUCCAGGCGCAAAUGGGGGUGUACUUGCAAUGCCUAUGUAUUGGCCUGGUUUUUAUGGCUCUCCCAAUGGGCUUCCUCAUUUGCCUCAGCAGACAUUGCUCCGACCACCCCAUGGACUUGUUAUGCCACCUUCCCUGCAGCAACCAAUGCAAUAUUCUGGGUUCAAUCCGAUUUUACCAACAGGAGCUUCAAACUUGACUGGCCCGAAAUUUCCUGAGAUUCCCCCUAGUUUGGUUAUGUCAAGCAACGCUUCUACUAAUUUAACAUCAACAUCUUUGCCGCAAUUGAAUUUGCCUCCUGUGCCAUCCAGCAGUGUAGCAUCUGAAACAUCAUCAGGUUCUGCAGUAUAUAAGGCUCCCAAUUCUGGACUUCUUUCAACACCUAGCUUCCCGUCAAUAUCUCCACUGAAAAUCUCUUCUCCAGAUGCUAGUACCAUUACAACUGUUGUCUCUAACAAGGUCAAUGCUAUUUCUAGUUCAAGCUUGCCAAACCUAAGCCUUUCUCAAACACCAUCGUCUAUUAUAAAUGCUCCCAGUUCAAGCCAGACAGAAACUGCAAAACCAUCUCUGGUCACACCUAAUCAACUUGUGCAGUUUGGACAACUACCAAUUUCUUCAUCUCCAUCUUCACAACUUGCUAACCAAGAUGUGGAAGUUGUUAAAGUGUCCUCAGCAUCAUCGUCAGAUGCAAAAGCAGAAACAGUAAAGGAAGCACAACCACCAAUAUUGCCACUGCCUCCUCCUGCAUCAAGGGCUUUCCACAAGCCCAAUGGUGGUCAGUUCCAUCCACGUCAUAACUACAACUAUCGGGGACGUGAAAGAGGAAGAGGAAGUGGGAGCUCACGUCAAGUGACAAGGUUUACUGAGGACUUUGAUUUCACGGCCAUGAAUGAAAAGUUCAAAAAGGACGAAGUAUGGGGUCAUCUUGGUAAGAGUAACAAGUCCCAUACCAAAGACAAAAAUGUUAAUGGUGGGGAUGGCUCUGAAGAAGAAGGUGAAGAGAAUUUGCCACAAAAUGAUGUAAAGCUUGUUUAUAAUAAGGAUGACUUUUUUGAUACCCUCUCCUGCAACACUCUUGACCAUGACUCACAAAAUGGGAGGAUAAGAUUCUCUGAGCAGGUGAAGAUAGAUACAGAGACAUUUGGUGAUUUUGUGAGAUAUCGAGGUGGGCGUGGUGGUCGGGGGCCGAAUCGUGGUGGACGUGGUUCUUAUAAUGGAAGGGGAUAUGGCUACUCUGGAAGGGGGUAUGGCUACCCUGGAAGGGGGCGAGGGCGUGGUAUGUCUAGCCGGGAUUCCUAAUUGGUAGUGACUGUGUUUUUGCAUGUAUCACUUGGAUCGAUAUGAUAUCUGCUUUUGUUAACAUGUGCUGAUUCUGUUAGUAUGGGCAAGGUUUGUAUUUUGCAUUUUUUGCUUGUUUGCUGGUGUAUGCAAGCAGGUAUUUUAAGAACAAAUUUGUAAGCAGGUAUUUUAAGAACAAAUUUGUAGCUUUUCAUUGAUUGACAUAAAGUCAUUCAGUAAUGUAAAUUGGAACCAGUUGAUGGUGUGAAAUGGUAUAAUUCUGAGGUUAACUAGUUUCGAA